CGUGUUUGUGAAAUUGCGACAGACCACUCGGGUAGCGACGCUUGGUUAUUCUAGCGUAGCUUAGACACUAGCCAUGUCAAGCUCUGAUGCAGAGCCAAGCCACCGCACGAGCCCCUUCACGACCAUCCUCCUACAGCUGAGACUGAGUGAACGUGACCAGGGUGAACGCUCUGCACAUAACUUGGUUCAACCGCAUCGCUCGUCGCUCCUGCCGCGAAGCCAAGCGCUUUGCAAGCACAUAAAGCCAAGCACAAAAAUGCGUGUCCUCCUCGCCCUGGCCCUGCCGGGUGCGCUGGCCCUCGUGCCGCCGACCGCGACCCAACCAAGGACAGCCCUACACAGCUGGCAGCCGAACACGAAUUUCAACGGCGAGCAGGAGAACCGGCUCACGGACUUUGAGCGGGCCGCGCGCGACGCCGGCGCGGGCGAGCGCAAGGUCACGAUCCGGAAACCGCUCGGUCUCGUCUUGGACGCGCGGCCCGGCGGCGACGUCUACGUCAAGGAGGUGACGCCCGGCGGUAAUGCGGAAGCGGUGGGCAACGUUAAAGUGGGCGACACGAUCCAGAUGUGCUCGGCGACCUUCGGGAACCAGAUGUGGUCGACGCGGGGCGCGGGUCUCGAUCGGGUCAUGCGCGCGAUCGAGGUCCGGGCGGGCCCGACGUGCAGUCUCGUGCUCCAAUCCAAAGCCGAACAAAAAAAUUUCUUGGCGGACAUGUUCGGCCAGCAGAAGAAGGUCCAGCAGCAGCGCAUCGUCGACGCGCAGACGAAGCGCGAGGUCCUCGAGGCCGAGGUCAAGGCCGAGCGCAAGGAGGCGGCCAAGGGCUGGUUCGGGAUCUUCUAGGCUCCUAUGCUCCCCGUCCUAAGAGGUCCUGUCUCGUA